UUCAAAAGAACAAACGAAUCUCUCUUUAUUUUCUCCCGUUUUCAUCUCUCGAUUUUCGUUGGAAUUUUUAAGAGAUGGCCGGAAAAGGAGAAGGACCGGCGAUCGGAAUAGAUCUCGGCACGACUUACUCGUGCGUCGGAGUAUGGCAACACGACCGAGUCGAAAUCAUCGCCAACGACCAAGGCAACCGUACGACGCCGUCUUACGUCGCCUUUACCGAUUCCGAGCGUUUAAUCGGCGACGCUGCUAAAAAUCAAGUCGCCAUGAAUCCUAUCAACACCGUCUUCGAUGCUAAGCGAUUAAUCGGCAGAAGAUUCAGUGAUUCAUCGGUUCAAAGCGAUGUGAAGCUUUGGCCUUUUAAGCUGAUCGCCGGUCCUGGUGAUAAGCCCAUGAUUGUUGUCACUUACAAGGGCGAGGAGAAGCAAUUUGCUGCUGAGGAAAUAUCAUCCAUGGUGUUAAUCAAGAUGCGUGAAAUUGCUGAGGCUUACCUCGGAUCCACGAUCAAGAAUGCGGUGGUUACCGUGCCGGCUUACUUUAAUGAUUCCCAAAGGCAAGCCACCAAGGAUGCCGGAGUUAUUGCCGGUCUUAAUGUCAUGCGUAUCAUCAACGAGCCGACGGCCGCUGCCAUUGCAUAUGGUCUUGAUAAGAAGGCCUCCAGUGUCGGUGAAAAAAAUGUGUUGAUUUUCGAUUUGGGCGGCGGUACUUUUGAUGUUUCCUUGCUUACCAUCGAAGAAGGCAUCUUCGAAGUUAAGGCAACUGCUGGUGAUACCCAUUUGGGUGGGGAGGAUUUCGAUAAUCGGAUGGUUAACCAUUUUGUUCAAGAAUUUAAGAGGAAGAAUAAGAAGGAUAUUAGUGGAAACCCUAGAGCAUUGAGGAGGUUGAGGACUGCUUGUGAGAGAGCGAAGAGGACCCUUUCGUCGACUGCCCAAACUACCAUUGAGAUCGAUUCCUUGUACGAGGGUAUUGAUUUUUACACCACAAUUACUCGUGCUAGGUUUGAAGAGCUCAACAUGGAUCUUUUCAGGAAGUGUAUGGAGCCGGUCGAGAAGUGUUUGAGGGAUGCUAAGAUGGAUAAGAGCAGUGUUCAUGAUGUUGUCCUUGUUGGUGGUUCGACUAGGAUCCCAAAGGUGCAGCAGUUGUUGCAAGAUUUCUUCAAUGGGAAAGAGCUCUGCAAGAGCAUUAAUCCCGACGAGGCCGUUGCUUAUGGUGCAGCAGUUCAGGCUGCCAUCUUGAGCGGUGAAGGAAACGAGAAGGUUCAGGACCUAUUGCUUUUGGAUGUCACUCCUUUGUCUCUUGGACUCGAGACAGCCGGUGGUGUUAUGACUGUUUUGAUCCCGAGAAACACUACUAUUCCGACAAAGAAGGAGCAGGUCUUUUCGACUUACUCAGAUAACCAGCCGGGUGUCUUGAUCCAGGUCUAUGAGGGUGAGAGAGCUAGAACAAGGGAUAACAACCUGUUGGGUAAAUUCGAGCUGUCCGGCAUUCCUCCGGCACCCAGGGGUGUACCCCAAAUCACAGUUUGCUUUGAUAUCGAUGCCAACGGCAUCUUGAAUGUAUCUGCUGAGGACAAGACUACCGGCCAGAAGAACAAGAUUACAAUCACAAACGACAAGGGUCGUUUGUCUAAGGAAGAAAUCGAGAAGAUGGUUCAAGAGGCCGAGAAGUACAAGUCUGAGGACGAGGAGCACAAGAAGAAGGUUGAAGCCAAGAAUGCUGUGGAGAAUUAUGCCUACAACAUGAGGAACACCAUCAACGACGAGAAGAUCGGAUCCAAACUCGACCCGGCUGACAAGAAGAAGAUUGAGGACGCCAUUGACGGAGCCAUCCAGUGGUUGGAUGGGAACCAGCUAGCCGAAGCCGAUGAGUUCGAGGAUAAGAUGAAGGAGCUUGAGAGUAUCUGCAAUCCCAUCAUCGCCAAGAUGUACCAAGGUGCAGGGGCUGACAUGGGUGGCGGCAUGGACGAUGAUGCCCCUCCUGCCGGUGGAAGCGGUGCAAGUCCUAAGAUCGAGGAAGUCGAUUAAACCCAAUAUUAAGCUUAGUAACAGCUUCUGUUGGGUGCUAUAUUUUUAUGUUUUCUGCAAUUUAUGUUUUAAGGAAUCUGUUUUCAAAACUUCGUUUUGUAUUUUUUGGGAAUAUGUUACCCAUAUGAGGGUAAUGAAUAUUUUGCUUUUCAAGUAUUUUAGAUUAU